GACUACGAGUAUUCGGGACGAUUACAAAUGUUGGUAGGAAGCUAGAGAUAGAGAGAGAUGUGAGGACGUUGCCGUCAAAAUGAGAUAACGCGCACUUUGCCCCCUUUGAUAAAAAAGAGACUACAAUAGACUAUAAAAGAGACUACAUUGUCCAUUCUGUGCAUCAAUUCCAAUCAGUCGACUUAGGAUUCCGGCCUCUUUUUGUGAGGGAAAACACUAGCAAAAUGAGGUGUAUACUCGCAAUUGCAUUUACCGUCGUUCUAAUCGCAACUGAAGGCAACGCCAUGCCGGCUAGUGAUGUCGAGAACCAACAAACUACUCCUCAGCCCUUAGAAAUUUACGAUGAAGUCAGAAAGAUUCAAACUACAUUCAACGCCCUUUACAUUCAGCUACAGAAGGUGUUAAACUUGCCUAAUAAACAAGAAUACAUCAAUAAUGCGGAGGAGAAAAAAAAACCCGAGUUCAAAAAUCUAUUGGCAAUUAUUAACACUAUGCAGUCUAAGGCAUCAAUAAAGCUACCGCAAAUAAGGUCAAGGAACGAAUCCACUCCAUGAGAAAUUUGAAGAAAGUUUCUGCACCGUAAUAAAUGAAUCCCGUUAUGGAGAAAGUAAACCAAAUUUUUGAGAAAUUAUAAGAUAUCUCUCAACUUACUAAGGAUGUUGCUAACAUUGUCAUGCAAGCUUCUGAAAACUUCAAGAAUUACUUGCAGCAGGCGACAACACAAAAGAGAGCGACAGAGAAACACAGUUAAGAUACAAAAAUACUUCGUAAAUUAUUCGCAUGCGAAACACCUCGGCCAUUAUGUACAGAGAAAUUCAAAGUUCAAUUAAUCAGCGAAUAUAACUUCACACCGUAUUGUAAUCAGACCGAAGAACUGAUGAGUGAUUUUUAAUAAAAGUAUUUAACGGUUUAUAUCUUUUCGUUCUUGGUUUCUUUUCGUAAACCUUCAUUAUGUUAAAAUAUUUAAAC